AUGGCUGCCGUGGAACAUGUCAUUCAAUCCCCGCGGAGCGCCGUCGCGAGGGAACACCUCUGCAAAACAGGAGAACGCUGCGAUAGCUCCGAUGUGGCGUCGCCCCUCGAUGCUCCACACUCGAAGCAGGAGAUGUCCGAGUCCACGAGUUGCGGAACUGCUUUAGGAUUCCUGGAGCCGGAACUUUUGGCCGCUGGAUCGUCUCGUGUGCGAGUCGCAGUCCGCAUUCGAGGCUAUCCACCAGAUGCUCCUCCACCUCCGCAGACGGUCGUGCUUCGCAUGCUGAACGAUGAGACUCUACAACUGAGCCGGCCUGCGGGGUUCUCGGCCAGCGCAGCCGCAGCCGCCGCAGCCGCAGCCGCAGGGAAUUACCUGGGAAGCUCCAGCGGCGCUGUACGCUGGGGGACUUGGCGGAACUCAGGAGCGUGUAUUGGCGGCAACACACCGUGCUACCUCUCUUCCCAGAAAGAGUGGACGCAGGAGUACUCUUUUGACAGAGUCUUCGGACCUGCGGCUACGCAGGAGGAGGUGUACGUCAAGACCACCCAGUUUCUGUUGCCUCAUGUCGUCCAGGACGGCGUCCAUGCGACAGUGUUUGCGUACGGCGCUACCGGGGCAGGGAAGACCCAUACAAUGCUGGGAACAGAUCAGCAGCCAGGAAUUAUGAGGAGAGCAGUGCAAGACAUUUUCUUUCUGCUAAAGCAGUUAGAACGUGGUGGCGGGGGAGGCUCGGCGCCGACUGCGUGUACGCGUGCCGCGCGUGGGCUGCAUACAAAGCAAGGUCGGUGCGAAGCUUGCCUCGGCUGCGCCAUUCAUCAGAGCUCCACCGUUCAUGUGUCGUAUCUGGAGGUCUACAACGAGCGAAUCCGCGACCUUUUAGAUCCAAGUCGAGUCUCCUUGGAAGUCCAGGAAGACGCAGGAAAAGUUCGAGUGAGCAACCUGUCGGAGCACCCCGUCGAAGGGCCGGAGGCCGCCCUGGCCCUCCUCGCCCAAGGCAACAAAAAUCGCUGCUGCGCAGCCACGGCGGCGAACUCGACGAGCAGCAGAUCUCACGCCAUUUUCCAGCUGGUCGUGAAGAGCGAGUGGCUGAGCAAAACGAAGGGAACUUUCGCCGCGACAGAGGCGAAGCUGUCCCUCAUCGACCUCGCUGGGUCGGAGCGUGCGUCUGCGACCGUCAACCGCGGCCACCGUCUCCAGGAAGGCUGCCACAUCAACCAGUCUCUCCUGGCUCUCGCGAACUGCAUCAAUGCUCUUCAUCUGCGACAGCAGAUGGAACGCACCGCUUCUGCUGGAGCCUCCGGACGGGCUCUCAAAGGAUCAGUCGGAUCCUCGAAACCAGAAGCCGUGUCAGGGAGCGGGCUUUCCAUGUCGGGUCCUGUCUUUGUGAACUAUCGAAACAGUAAACUCACGCACCUGCUCAAGUCGUCCCUCGAAGGCCACUGCCUCGUAGUGAUGAUCGCCAACGUCCACUUCACAGCGUCAGCGUACGCGGAAAGCAACAAUACGCUCAAGUACGCAAACAGAGCGAAGAAUCUGCGGGUGAAUCCGGCGAGUCUUCGCGGUGCUGGGCUGGCUGCGGCCGCGCCGGCGCAGGACAAGGCGCGCCUGCUGCGUCUUGUCCACGAACAGUCACAGCAGCUGAAAGAGGAGCACGAGAAAUCGCUUUCUCUGGAACAAAAGUUGGAGGCAGUGCGCCAGGAAAAUCAAGGGCUCCGACAAGAAUUGCAUCGGAAAGACCUGCAGCUGGAGAAGCUGCUACGUCGGUACCAGGAGCUCAAAAAGGCGCGCGUGCAGGAGACUCUCGAUCUCAAUCCGCAGUUCGCGCCAGAGUGUUUUGCUUCUUGUGAGCAGAAGGCCCACGAACGCAUGAGUGACAAGGAAAAUGAAGGAGUCGCGUGCCUGACAUCUUCGACGCCGCAGAGGCUGUCUUCUGCCUUCGCUCGACCUGAAACUUCUCAAGCGUGUGCUUCCUCUGUGCCUGACGCCUCCAAAAAGGCGGAGCUCGACGGAGAUUUGGCGGCCGCGCAAGCGCAGCGACCGGUUGGCUGCUCCGGAAACGCACUGGAGAGCGCUGCCACGUCGACACCGCUGCGGCCGUGCGGUGGAGCGACCCAGGUUCGCGCACGAGGAGAGGACGAGUGUCGCCCCUUCCAGUCGGUUGAUUCCAAGAGACCCAGUCGACAGCUGCGGUCUGCCGAUCAGAGCAAGACGCGGCGCUCCGGCUGUCCACACGAGGCCGAUGUGCAGUCGGAAGCACACCCGGGCGAAGCUGAGGCUCACCUCAGGGGAUGCCCCUUGCCGCCGUCCCCCAGCAGUUCCUCGCUGCGUCGGUCCCUGCGCCUGGCCGGUCUGCCGGAACGGCGAACGUACGAAGCCCAGUGCGCGUGCUGUGCGAGCUGGCGAGAUCACAAGCGGUCCUCCGAGGCUCUGCGGAGACCGGACCCGGAGAGUUCCCCUGGACACCCGCAUCAGCAGGACAGUAAAAGCGAACCAAGUAACUCUCUCCGUCGAGGCGUGGACAAGAGCCUGUCAUCCGUAUCUUCUUCGCCUCUCUCUGCAGCCAGGCGGGAACGGAAACGCGGCGCCUCCUGCUGCGACGGCGCGCUCUUCACGAGCGCCGCGCCAGCACCCGCGGCUUCGGCGAUUCCUCCGACCUCUUCCCCAGAAGAAUCAUCGGAGCUGGGGGGUCCAGUCUCGUCGCCGCUGCUGUGCGCUCUGCGCGGAUCUCUUUCGGAAGGGUUGACGUUCACCGCCAAUCCCGAGUGCGUGCAAGAGAGCGACCGAACUCGCGAGCGCUGUCUUCGCAAGGCAGGAACCCGUAGUGGAGAAGAGCGGGGAGUUUCGCGGAGAGUCGCCCCCGAAGCAGACGCCUCAGCCCAUCAGGCAUCCAAAAACUGUGCCGAAGCCGCCGACACCGUUCCCCGCCGAGGCGGCUAUCUUCCUCGGGGUGGGAAGGGUGGGAACCGCGGCGCUGGGGAACUUUCGGGGUCAAAGACGACGGGGCUGUCUGCGCGAGGACAGGCGCCGAUUUCAACGGCCGCGGGUGCGCCUUGCCGAAGCUCCAGCCUCAGCAGUCGCGGAGGGCGACCGGGGCCUCUGCUCCGAGCAAAAGAACCCAGCAGAAGAUGCAGGGUAGAUGCGCUGCUGAAGGAGACGGCGAAAGGCACGGCCUCUCGGAGUGGCGUUGAAGGAGAGUGUCGGCACGAGGCCAGAGGCGCUGAUCGGAGGCGGGGAAGCAGCAGUGUUUGGCGAGGGGAGGCAACGCGUCAUUGGCGGGCUCCGGGUGAGGAGAGACUGGCUGCGGCGGACGUAGUGGAAAGGAUCGCCGACCCCGAGGGCAGUGAGAAAGACAAGGCCUCGCUGCACUCGUCAACGAGCUCCGGCCUCGAAGUGGAGAAAAGCUGCAGAGAACAGGCAGCUCUCCGAUCUGGCUUCGGCUGGGAUGCGCGAGAAAAGAAGCGACGAAGAACCCGAGACCUGUCGGCAGAUUGCAGCGCCACGCAAGAUCUUUCCGUACGUGGACCGCAGAGCGCAAAGACCGACGGCGUUUCGCGCUCUCGGAGCAAGCGAGUGCCGGGAGGAGGGACUGUUGCGGCAGGGCCAACGUCUUCGUGUCUUCGCUCCGAGAUCCAGGCAGGGGAAGUUUCUCCUCUGACGCGACCAUUCGAAAGCCUCCCACGAGACAAAGGCCUUCCAGAGCCUACAGCGUCUGAGGUUAGCAUAACGCGAGAGCCUUCCGUCGUGUCUGACACCUGGAGCUUCGCCUCCGAGUCGAGUUUCACGAAACCCGUGCAAUCGCGUCGCAGCCUGUGCGAAGGCGAAUCUGGCCUCUCGGCUGAGGCCUCGAGCGCAGAAGAAGGGCCACCCGCAGUCGCCGGGGAGCGCGCUCCGCACUCCGGGCAGAGGCUUCUGCAUGUUUGUCGAGCAGCAGGGGUUAAGAGCCGUCUGGAUACUGCAGUUCUGCGUCGCCCGAAUCGACCUGCGGACAGCGGCCGUCGAUUGGGCGCUGGAAACUCGACCUCUUUUUGUUCAAGCAGCGAUCCAAGCGAAGCGUUUCGAGGGGAGCGGCGGCCCGGCAGUGGACGGAUUAAGCGCGCGGACGCGGCAGAGUGCUCCACGCUUCCGACGAGCAGUCAUCUCGGUUCCGAUGUCGUGCGUGGACCAGUGAAGGAUGGGGGAGAUCGGCGUAUCUCUGCUCCCGGUGACGAAGCAAAGAGAGUGAAACCGAGUGGUCUGCGGGAGAGUUUCGGCUGUCUGAGCAGCAGGACCACCUUACAGAAUGUCACCGCCACAUCCACAGGCAAAGAUGCGAGGACUGGCUCGUAA